CUGGAAAAGCCUGGGGACCUCGAGGAGCUCGAGGCGCUAGAGGAGGAGGAGGAGGAGGAGGAGGUGGGAGACGAGGCCAUGGGGAGCGGGGCCAGCGCCGAGGACAAGGAGAUGGCCAAGAGGUCCAAGGAGCUGGAGAAGAAGCUCCAGGAGGAUGCGGAUAAGGAGGCCAAGACGGUGAAGCUGCUGCUGUUGGGGGCUGGUGAAUCAGGCAAGAGCACCAUCGUGAAGCAGAUGAAGAUCAUCCACCAGGAUGGUUACACACCCGAGGAGUGCUUGGAGUUCAAGGCCAUCAUCUAUGGCAACAUCCUGCAGUCCAUCCUGGCCAUCAUCCGCGCCAUGUCCACGCUGGGCAUCGACUAUGCAGAGUCAUCCCGCGCGGACGACGGGCGGCAGCUCUUCAACCUGGCUGACUCCAUCGAGGAGGGGACGAUGCCCCCGGAGCUCGUGGACUGCAUCAAGAAGCUCUGGAAGGAUGGGGGUGUCCAGGCUUGCUUCGAGCGCGCCGCCGAGUACCAGCUCAAUGACUCGGCUGCAUAUUACCUGAACCAACUGGACAGGAUCACGGCCCCUGACUACCUGCCCAACGAGCAGGAUGUGCUGAGGUCCAGGGUGAAGACCACAGGCAUCAUCGAGACCAAGUUCUCCGUCAAAGACCUCAAUUUCAGGAUGUUCGAUGUGGGAGGGCAGAGAUCAGAGCGCAAGAAGUGGAUCCACUGCUUCGAGGGGGUGACCUGCAUCAUCUUCUGUGGGGCGCUGAGCGCCUACGACAUGGUGCUGGUGGAGGACGAUGAAGUGAACCGCAUGCACGAGUCCCUGCACCUCUUCAACAGUAUAUGCAACCACAAGUUCUUCGCCGCCACCUCCAUCAUCCUCUUCCUCAACAAGAAGGACCUGUUUGAGGAGAAGAUCAAGAAGGUCCAUCUCAGCAUCUGCUUCCCCGAGUAUGAUGGUCCCAACACGUUUGAGGACGCAGGGAAUUACAUCAAGACACAGUUCCUGGACCUGAACAUGCGGAAGGACGUGAAGGAGAUUUACAGCCACAUGACCUGUGCCACAGACACCCAGAACGUCAAGUUCGUCUUCGAUGCCGUCACGGACGUCAUCAUCAAGGAGAACCUCAAGGACUGUGGCCUCUUCUGAGCAG